AGCACGCGUGUCGUAGAUGAUGAGUCUGAAACGAACCGCGAGUCAAAGAUAUAUCGAAUCACCUCGACGGGCGACAGACAGUUGAGAGCUCCGCUGUUGAACGCCUACCUACUCGCGGAUGCACCAUUACGAUUGUCGAUCGGAUCUCAACGCGACCCAUUUUCCUCACUACCGGUACCUUGGAAGCCUCCAUACGGCAUCAUCACAAGCUACUUAUGCGAUAGCACCAGCUAUUGUAGCCGAGAGCUUUGAGCCAGAAGGCAAGACGCGGCAGGAAGCACUUGAGGACAUUGAAUGGCCAAUGGCUUUAUCUGUACAGACAAAUGAUCCUGCCUUGUUCUUUGCCGCCCUUGCCAUGUCGUGUGUACAUCUGCCAGAGACACACGAAUUCAGUCCUCAGAGCAACUCUUUUUUCUUCCGUUGGCUAUCGUCUAAGUGUGUUGAAUAUCUCAACAAAUCUCUGUCGAAUCCUUCUCGUGCAUGCAGCGACGGCACUUUGAUUGCAGUGACAUUCAUCUCAUUUUGUGAGAGUAUGGCUGGAAAUCAUCGCAUUGCAGCGACAAUUCAUCAACCAGGUUUGAGGCAGAUGGUCAACACUCGCGGCGGUCUAGAUUCCAUUGCAAAGGCAUCGGCCAUUGGCGAGAGAGUGACCAAAGCGAUAUCUGCUCUGGAUAUUGUUGUGGCUUCUAAAUUUGGAUGCACUCCAAUAUUCGAGGACUCAUAUGCCCUUGCCUUGCAAGAUGUGGAGAUGACCGACAUCGUGUCCAGGAUCAAAAAGACCGCCGAAGGGCGUCUCGAUCCUGCUUCUCCGAUACCUCGUACGGUGAUAUUGACACAGCGACUCAAGGAUCAUGACAUUUUCCAAUCACCUAGUGCGAGCAGUCCCGUCCCUUCAGAGGCCGCGACGGUGACUUCACGCAAUUUCGACGAGAUUUACGACGCCAGAGAUCCAUUCUGACUCGAGGCCCACGACUUCAAAGAACUGGUAGGCUCCC